AUGAAAGUUGCUUUCAUUGUCCUGUAUAUAUUUAGCGUUUUAUUAGAUUUAUCCUCGUCGGCAGACAUUUUAGACGACUUCCUCGAUAAAUCAAGCAACGAAAUUGAAAGACUCACACAUGUUAAACUAAAGGACACAUCGGAAUGGACGGAAAAUGUGGAAGAAUGGGUCAAGGACGAAUGGCACGAAUGGAUGGACGAAGUGCAAAUGGACUGGAAAGAAUUCAAUAGCUCCCUCGAAAGCGAAAAAAACAAGUGGUUUGGAAAAAAAGAAAAGGAAAUGAUGGAACUUAUCAAGUCCAUAGAAGAUAAAUGGCUAGAUUUUAAUGAAAACAUGCAUGAAGUGCUUAAUUAUGCCAUUUUAAAAAUUUCCUUAAUGUGGAGCUUUUCUGAGUGGCAAAAAUGGAUUAACAAAGAUGGCAAACGUAUUAUAGAAAACCAAUGGGAAAGGUGGACCAUUUCAAAUAAAAACCUUUAUUAUAAAAUAAUUAUGAAAGAAUGGUUUAAAUGGAAAAACAAAAAAAUUAAACAGUGGCUUAAACGUAACUGGUUACACCAUGAAGGUAGGAUUUUAGAAAAUUGGGAGCGUUUACCAUACACUAAAAUUUUAGCUAUGUCUGAGAAAAAACCAUGGUUCAAUUCGAACGCACAAGUCAUCAAUGAAAGGGACUACUUUCUCAUCUGGAUUAAGAAAAAGGAAGAUUUUCUAGUAAACGAAGAACGCGAUAAGUGGGAAAAUUGGGAAUACUACAAAAACGAUUUCUUUCAAACAUGGAUGGACUCCUUUCUUAGCCACUGGCUAAAUAUAAAAAAACGGGAUAUACUGCAUAGCCAAAGUUAA